AUGCCGGAUGGGGGUGGGGAGAGUGAUGUGGAACACGCAGAAAUUGAUGGCUCCGUCCAGCCGGAGUUCAACUUCAAGGGGUAUUUGGGUGAGGUUAUCAGUACUCCUAAGUACCAGCCAAGUACCGCGCUAUUCUCUAAAGCGGGUACUAAGCGCCGUGCUCUUUACGGUCGAUUGGGCUCCGAAAAGAUUACGGACAAAAAAAAUGUCUACGAUAUUGACCACGUCAACGGCACUGCCCACGCCACCGACAUCAUCAGGCCCAAUUACUACAGUCCUUUGUGA